AUGGACGCGUCCUCGCCCAUUCUUUCCCAUCUUUCUCCUCAAGGCCGCGCUCUUUUUCUCCAGUACGGAAGCGGCGAGACCGUCGCCUGCCCAUUUUCUUGUCUACAUCAUGCCUUUGAACACUACGCCGCGCAGCAGCCCGACGCCAUUGCCGUCGAGCACUUGGGCGACUCCAUCAACUACUCGCAGCUUGAUCGCAGCGCGAAUGCUCUCGCAAUUCGUCUACGUGCUCGAGGGGUCGAGCGCGGUCGCCGCGUAUGCCUUCUUGUACAACGGUCCAUAGCGAUGGUCGUCGGAAUCAUGGCUAUACUGAAAGCAGGAGCCGCAUAUGUGCCAAUAGAUGGUCUGGUCUGUACGGACUCAACAUUAGCGCACGUCUUGUCUGACUCUGGAAGCGUUCUCGUUUUGACGCUGGAAGAGUUCCGCCACCGCCUUCCUUCUGACACGCCAGUUCUAUGUCUUGAUGACUGCGUCAUCCGAGACGCGCCGGCGGAUGCACCUCGUCUUAUCGACGAAUCCAUCCCAUCCGACAGCGCCUACAUCAUAUACACUUCGGGUACCACAGGGCAGCCGAAAGGCGUCGAGGUCAUGCACGGAGGAGCUACAAACUCCGUUUGCCUCUCGCCUGGAAACCUCGGGAUUCGUCCGGGCACACGCGUAGCUCAGCUUCUGAACAUAGCCUUCGACAUGGCAGUUUGGGAAACAUUCGCCACACUCUGCAAUGGCGGCACGCUCUGCAUCAGGGGCAAGACCUCGGUUGAGUGGCGUGCCCUCAUGAAGAGCGUCGACGUGGUAGUGGCCACGCCAUCACUGAUGGUACCCCACGACCCCCUUCAUUAUCCAAACAUCAAGACGGUCGUCGUCGGUGGCGAGCCAGUUCCGCAGAGUCUUGCUGAUGCUUGGUCCAAGAACGGACAGUUCUUCACGAGCUGCGGUCCCACGGAGAUCAGCAUCUUCAACACGGGGCGGUACCACGUUUGCGGCACGAAGGUCAACAUAGGCCGGCCGACACCGAACAACUUCGUUUACGUUCUGGAUGAUGACCUGCGACCGCUACCUAUCGGCGAGGUCGGCAUGAUGUGGGCGGGUGGCGCGGGUGUUUCCAAAGGGUACCUCAAUCUGCCGGAUAAGAAUGAAGAACGGUAUCAACCAGAUCCCUUCCGAGCAAACGGGCACAUGAUGUUCAAGACUGGUGAUCUGGGUCGCUGGCAGGAGGACGGGACCCUUGCACACCACGGACGCGCUGAUGACCAGAUCAAGGUUAAGGGCUUCCGUGUCGAGCUGGAUGGCGUUGCGGCGGCUGUUCGGUCCCAUCCAUCUGUGACGCACUCUACAGCUCUUUUGAUCGACUCUCACAUAUGGAGCUUCGUCACCCCUCGGCACGUUGACAAAGAUGUCGUUCUUACAGCUGCUGGUGCUAUACAGCCGUACUAUGCCGUACCAACGCGUUUCAUGGCGCUGCCUUCUUUCCCUUAUACCGGCAACGGGAAGAUCGACAAGCGACGUCUACGCGAACUUGCCGCAGAACAGGACCUAUGCAAUUGCAGCUUCGAUGUCACCCAUAUCAGGAAGACCAUUGCAGCUGUCAAGCAGGCCGAAAUCGCCCCGGCAUCAUCGGCUUCACGGCCAGGUUCACGGCCGUCCACGCCAGUAGAUCUUCCUGCCGUACAACUCCAAGACGACUUCUCUUCUGUAGGCUCCGACUGCAGUAGUGCUGAUCCUUCAUUCCCUCCCACUCCCUUAUCCGUCGCAUCACCAUCGCCACUAGACAAGAGCGCGCUUGUCUGGGACGACUCGGAGGAGGAGCAUUCAUACAUGCAAUUGGACUCGCAACCCCCUUUGCUACGCAUACUCUGA